AUUUUGUUUGGAAAAAGGGAAAGAGUAAUCAAGAAAAUGGCAACAGUAAUGUCAAAGGUUCAAAAAACUAAUCCACAAUUUCCGCCCAGCCAUUCUCCAGUAGUAUCUAGGGGUAUAUUGAAAGAGGAAAAAAAUAACGAUUCUGGGUCAACUCCAGGAAGUGGAUCAAAUACUUCACUGCUUCACCUCAGAAGAAGAUAG